GGGUCAGGAGGCGGAACCGCGAGGAGGAACUCGAGGAAGGAUCAGGCGGGAUCUGCGCGGCCGGGGCUGAGCGGGCCCGGUGCGGCGGGAGCUGCGGGCGAGGCCGCCAUGGAGACGUUUGCGGGAGCGCCUGUGGCCAUCGCCGUGGCCGUGGUGGCGGCGUCCGCGCUGCUGCUGCUGCUGCUCCGAGGGACGGCGCGGAGGCCGAGCAGCCCCGUCACCCUGCAGGACCCGCAGGCCAAGUACCCGCUGCGGCUGCUGGACAAGGAGGAAAUCAGUCACGAUACUAAGAAAUUCAGGUUCGGGCUACCCUCAACGAAUCAUAUUUUAGGAUUACCUGUGGGCCAACAUGUUUACCUUUCUGCAAAAAUUGAUGGGAAUCUGGUGGUUCGAGCCUAUACCCCAGUUUCCAGUGAUGAGACAAAAGGUUAUGUUGAUUUAAUUAUAAAGGUCUACUACAAAAAUGUGAACCCCAAGUUUCCAGAAGGUGGGAAGAUGUCCCAGUAUCUAGAUAACAUGAAGAUUGGAGACACCAUUGAUUUCAGAGGGCCCAAUGGACUCCUGGUCUAUAAGGGGGCAGGUACCUUUCUUAUCAAGCCUAAUAAGAAGUCUGAAGCAGAGAAAAAGUUUGCAAAGCACCUUGGGAUGAUAGCUGGAGGAACAGGAAUAACUCCUAUGUUGCAGCUGAUCCGUCAGAUCACAAAUGAUCCUAAGGACUCCACAAAAUGUUACCUCCUUUUUGCUAAUCAGACAGAAAAUGAUAUACUGCUGAGAACUGAGCUAGAAGACAUUGCCAAGAGGCACCCUGAGCAGUUUGUGCUGUGGUACACCCUGGACAGACCUCCAAAAGACUGGAAGUACAGCUCUGGCUUUGUCACUGCAGACAUGCUGAAAGCCCACCUGCCUCCUCCUGGCAGCGAGACCCUCAUUCUCAUGUGUGGGCCACCACCAAUGAUUCAGUUUGCCUGUCAGCCCAACCUGGACAAGCUUGGCUAUCCCAAGAGCAGUACAUUUGCUUACUGACACU